GACCAUACACCCAAAGCUGGAGAGAGCAUCGGUGCUACUCCGGUGGUCCUUGGGCUGCCUAUCACCGACCGGCAGGCGCAGAUGACGCCACGAACGCCUCGGGACGAGGAUAAGCCGCAGUCACCGCAGUGCAUGACCAGUCCUGCUCCGCAAGUGGCCAGCGACCCACAG